AUGGGGAGAGAUUCUCGCAGCGCCCCGAAGCCUCAUGACUCUGCCGACACGGUGGAACCUUUGGCGAAGCGGGCUAAGGUCAGAGAUGCACUGCCAAGACGUCGACCCAUGCAGGACUCCGACCAGCAUAAUCAGACUCCCUCUUCGCCGAUGACUCGCACCACUGCUGGUGCCUCUGCCAGUGCAUCAGCUGGUGAGCUCAGGCCACGUGAACCUUUGCCACGACAUCGGCAGCUGCAAGCCAAGUCAAAGACAAGCAAACCCGCCGAUAGCCCAGGGAAUGCAGCCGUGGCACGUACACCAAACAAUGACCCGACAGCUCGUGGACCAGUUGCAUCCAGUAUAGUGGUCAGUGAAUUCUCGGACGGGGUCCUUAUUAAACAAACCGGACUUCGGGCUCGAAGCCCAUCCUCCACUCCCGGGACAGGAAGCUCAAGAAGACCUCCUACGCCACCAAGGUGUCUACGUGAAACUGCUCAUGGUAUAUCGGUCAGUACUCAGACAAGGCGACCCAAAAUGGUGAACAAGGCGGUGCAGGUGGGCAAAUGCGGUCUCAAAGCCCAGUCCAAAGCUCGUCCCCGAAGGCCAGAUACAAAUGCUACAGACAACCCGGAGGAGGCUCCUGCUCCUGGUCCAAAGGACACUCGUGCCGAACAUGAUGAUCUUCGCCGUCAAGCCGCUGAUGCAGUGCUGACUUCAGCCCCCUGGAAAAGACGCCAAAAGGCCAGAGCAGGUGCCCGCGAGCCUGCCAAGGAUGGUGUUUCCGAGGGAUCAGCUCGAACGACCACAACCUCAGCAAACCCUGUGGCCAGUAUGACUCCUCUUCCGACUACGACAACCUCGCGCCAGGGUGAAGCCACUGGGAAGAAUGCUGCUGCAUCGAGUACUCCGAGCAAGCCCCUGAGCAAGGUCCCAUACACAGCUGCUGGUGCCGACCCACAGGAGGAAAUCAUGGAGCUCCGCUUCGAUCAACUUCAAGAGAUGCAAAGAUCCGCAGCCAGCAGGAGAAACAGUGUUAUACAGCGUGCGCGCAUACAGCAGCAGCAGAAUGCAUCUUCGAGUACAGAUGUUGCGGAUGCUUCGCUAUCACAUGCACCUACGACGUCCGGGGGCCCCUGGGGACUAUGGAUGCUCAUCCUACUGUCUCAACUUCUUAGAGUCUCAGGGGUAGAAGCGAGGGUUGGAGCACCUUCGGUGGGUGCUCCGGGAGCCGCGCAAACGGUGCUCCCCGGUCGCCAUCAGGCGAAGCUACACCGACAACGCAAAGAACAAGGAGACUUUAUCGUCAAACGUAGUUUUCUCAGAGCACAACGUCGAUUGCAACAGCAUGGGACCACAUGGUAUCGCAAUCGCUUAUACACACACCACGAUGAGCUAAAACCUAUCCCGCUCCGAUCCGGUCCACAGCCGAAUGAUCCCAAUCAGGCUCGGUAUGCCCGGCCUCGCACUGCUGUGCCAAGCCUGCCAUCCUGGCCACUUCAGCAGCCCGCACAAUCUGUUACUCCCAUACAGUCCAGUGAUGUUGGCGUGGUUACUCUUAAUGUUGGCGGCUUGAGCAAGGAAGGAUAUGACGAAUUGGCACAAUGGUUGAAUCAACCUUCUACACUUCGCAAUGUUCAGAUUGUAUUCUUGCAGGAGACCUGGAGAAGUGCAUCUGAAUUCUCCACGCAGCAUUGGCACUGGAUCCGGUCAGGUGCCGGUCAAACUGCCAAGGCCAAUAAUGGCAGUGGUGUAGCUGUACUGAUCAACAACAAGCUUGCCUCAUCGUCACACAUUCGCUACCAAGAAUGGCUCCCAGGCCGUCUCCUCGAGGUUCGCAUUACGGAGGACAAGCGACGUCCUCUUCUGCACAGACCCAUCACCCUUGUGUGCGCGUAUCAACACUCCAGAAUCUCUCACAGUCCUGAGGUGUACGCUAAACGGCUCAGGUUCUGGGAGAAGCUCCAAAAAUGCCUGGAUGCAGUGCCGACCCGGCACACCCUGAUCUUUGGUGGUGAUAUCAAUACUGGUAUCUCCCCGAUGUCGAGGCUCGUCGGCAAAGGUGCUCAAGUCAGUACCAACCCUGCUCAGGACCAAUCCGAAUGGCAGGACAUUGUACACCAGCACCGUCUUUGUCUUCUGAACACCUGGGGAUCGCCGGCCAAAACUGCUACAUAUGUGGGUGCGGAAUAUUCUACACUGAUUGACUUCCUGGGUGUUAGAGAGAGUGAUUCCGGGCAUCGCGCCAAACUAUCCAGACCACAAUCACAGAUUCACUUGUUUUCUUGGCGGUCUGGGGCCCGACACCUGCCUGUGUAUUCGGUUAUCACUCUCAAGAAUCCGUAUCAUCAAGCAGUGACAUCCUCGACACAGUCCCACACAGCCCGUAUGGACCAUCUAGGCAUGGCUCACACACUGCUGCACGAUCCUCAGCAAGUAGAGCAAUUGCGCAGUGUUGUCAGAAACCGGCUGACUUGUGCUUUACAGGACCAGCCCGUGGAUGCAAUUAUGCACCCUAUGCACAUUGACGCCAUCCUGCGACACGGAUCCCAGGAACUCUUCCCGGGCACACGCCUCGGCUCUCGUCCGACGGAAGUAUGGGAUAACGAACAGACUAAGCUCUCGCUGAAACAUGUUUGGCAGGCACGUGCGCAGCUUCGCCGACAUACCCUUGGGCCUCCACUUCGUGUUGCCUUUCAUCUAUGGCGUGCUCAUUGGCGACUUGUCAAAGCCCGCAAAGCGCUGCAUUCGCAGUCCAACAAAGCGCGACGUGAUAAAUGGGACCAACAGCUUACCGAGGCGGAGGAGGCCUAUCACAAGCAUGACUCUCAUUCUUUCUUUGCUAUUGUGCGUAGACUUGCACCACGUCGUCCACGACAGCGCAUUAUGAUGCGUAACAAGGAUGGAACACUAUGCACACCACAGGAAGAAAUUGGGCUGAUUCAUGACUACUGGCGCGGUGUAUUUGAUGUUCCGACACUCCCUAAAUGCUCCGGCUAUCUGUGGCAUGGCCUCAACAUUACCACAAAGGAGGUGGAAAUGGCCAUCAGCAAAUUAUCAAUGCGUAAAGCCUCGGCCCCAACCUCGGCUCCGCUCUGCAGCUGGCGUGCUUGUGCUCCUGACAUUGCUCCUCUUAUACAGGAAUAUUUGGCACAGCAUUGGGGUGAAGGAGAACAUGCAGGUGACGAGGACAUUGCUAGGUCCUGGCUUGUCUUUCUGGGCAAGCCCAAUAAACCCAGCAGCAAGCCCGAAAACCUUCGACCUAUUGCUCUACAACCGGCUCCUGCCAAAAUCAUGGCCCUCCUUUUACGCUGGCGACUGCAACCGUAUGUGGAGCAGCUGCUCCACCAAUGUCCACAGUAUGCAUACACCAGAGGAAGAACCACUACGGAUGCAAUAUCCCGUAUUGCCCAACACUGUGAUUCUGUUCGAGCCAAAGUCAAACAGCAGACACUUUCACUCCAUGAACGACGACAGGGCGCUGUACGAACCGUAUGCACCGGUGGUGCUCAGCUGACUGUUGAUUGCUCCAAAGCUUUUGACAGUUUACCUCGUUGCACUAUGAUGACCAUGUUAACAUGGGCUGGUGUACCACCCGACUUGGCCACUGCUAUCAUACAGGUCCAUCAGGCUGGCACUUAUCGUCAUGGAAACGUGGACGACCCUGAAUCCUGGAUGGAUAUUGACAGUGCUCAAGGCGUGCGGCAAGGCUGUAUGCUUGCCCCAUGUUUGUGGCUAUUGUUCGUAACAUACCUCUUCCAUCACCUGGACACGACAAUGGGAGGAGCUGAUUCAUGGACAUGCCAGCACUCCACUGCCUUCGCCGAUGAUCUUCACUUCAAGUGGGAUCUUGACGAUCCCAAAGCCCUGGAUCGGAUGAAGAUGGAGGUCGCCACGGUACUCUCAGUGCUCAAGUCCUUUGGUCUUCAGAUCAGCGCAGAAAAAUCCACCAUGUUGAUCGAGAUCCGCGGAACAGCAGCUGAUGUUUGGUUGUCCAAGAACGUCUACAAAGAUGCUGAGAACAACAAACACUUUCGUUAUGACACGUUUGCCAAGCUCUCUAUCCCGCUUGGUACCCAAUUCAAGUAUCUUGGGGUCAUAUUAUCCUAUCGCAACUACGAGCUGGCCAGUGUCAAACAUCGUGUACAACAGGCUGCCAUACACCAUUCCCGUCUUCGUCGCAUUCUGCAAGGACGCGGGGGCAUCAGCCGGCAUCAACGACUUCGACUCUGGCGCAUCUGCAUUCAGACAAGCCAGCUCUACGGACUCGAGGCCACAGGUGUCACGGAGGCAGGGAUCAAAUUACUACAUGUUCAAAUGCUUCGUCACCUAAGGGCCAUUACAGGUCGACCCAGGCAUCUUGAUCGCAGCACUGAUCAGGAAUUGUUGGACAGUCUCAAAAUGGCAUCGGUCAGGCAGAUGCUAUCUCAACGACUUCAGUCGGCAAAUACCCGUCUUUGCUCCAACACUGAUCUGCCAUGCUACGACAAAGACAAUAUACUGCGACGUAUUCAGGCCUUACAAGCAGGUAUUGACCGACCGAUCUGCACACAGCGGGUCUCUACCGCCUUGACUACACCUGUACAGCAGACUCCGCAUGAUGAUGUUACGCCGCAGGAGCAGAAAGUGCGACUCCAGGAACUACCCGCUGACACCAAGCAAUUUCGAUGUCAGGUAUGCGGUCAGUCUUUUCCGUCUUUACAUUUGGUGAAGACCCAUGAAGGAAAAGCCCACAAGAUCUUGGCACCGAAACGGGAGCUGCCCCAGGAUCGCUCCGUCUACUCCAUCAACGGACUUCCGCAAUGCCGUUUUUGUGGCUACAAAUUCACGAAAUGGAGUGGCCUCCAAAGACACAUACAGCGGAACGGCUGCCCGAUUCUUCGCCAUGAAGAUCCCGCCACCUUUGCCGCAACCGCGCCCGCGACUACAAACAAGGCUGAAGAUCCUCUUCGUACUACACAACAUGCAUGGGUGGCCGACUCGACCAUUGCCACCACCAUGCCUUCAACUGGAGAUCAACCUCUGGUCCAAGAUGCGCAGCUACAGCAGGAUGCCAGCAAGUACACGUGGACCAAGGUGCUUCACAUGUGGCGUACAAAACAUGACUUCAAGAAUGUGUGUGUGUUCUGUGGUCAAUGGGCAGUGGAUGCCAGUGCUCUCAAACAGCAUUAUGCCAAGCAGCAUCAGGCAUUAACCAAUCCGUGGAUCGCAGCAUAUCGGGCCGAGUGUAAGCAGCUAGCUAAAGUUGCCGUCGAAAUGGAGGACAUGCCGGACUUCGAUGCCGAAAGCCAGAUCCAGAGCCUCCUCGGGGGCCUCUCCUCAGUCGUGGAUCUCAAACCACUUCUGAAUCCAACGCCAACACCGGCGCGCAAUCAGUCCCAUCUGACCAACAAGCGUCCGAGGGCGGAACAGUGGACUCGAGGCACCGGGAGCAAGGGCGGCGGCAAGGGCAAAGGAGUGGCCUCCAACGGUACUUUAUCACAGGAGGAUCUUCAACAGCUCCUCAGGCAGAUCGUCGUCCUUCUCCUACGCCAAGGCGACCAACUCAAUCGGCUACAGACGGAUACCGGAUACUAUUUGGUCUUUCAAGUCCCGGGCGACGCCACCAUGGUACCAGUUUUGAUUGCGGGAGCGCUCGAAUGGCGCAAUCAGAAGAAGGCCGACCCGACCAAGCUCACCAUGUCUCUCCGCAUAGCCCUCAUCGGACUCUUCCUCAAGGAGCUUCAGAUGCGUCUGGAAAAGAUCCGGGCCAACGACCAACUUCAGGAGAAGCUCAAAGAGCAAGGCCUGAUGACGGACGAAGGUGCUUGGACAUAUCGCCAAUGGUGUCCAAAGAACAAAGCACUUCAACUACAGCUCAGCAGGGAUCCGAUCAAGUGGGACGUCCUGAUGACACACAUCACGAAUGCUCUCCAAGGACUGAACAAUCAGGACCACAUCACACGUUUUCAGGCGACCAAAGCCCUGGAAGAAGGACAGAUGGGUCCCACCCUUCCAUUCCUUCUGGACAUCUCGCUCAAGCCGAGUGCGUGCCGUCUACACCAGAGCAUGAGGGCAUUGGUGGACUGCUCGGCCAUGGAAGCAGUCGGCGCACGUAUUCGACCCCAACGAGCCAAGCGAUCUCAACUCCAGGAUCAGCUCCAGGAGUGGCUGCGAGGCAGGUUCUAUCAUGCUCUAUUUCAGAUCUUGUGUUUUAUCUGCCAGCACGGUCUCAAAUUGCUGUGUCUGCCUGAUCACACGGCUUUUCAGGCAUUGAUUCAGGAAUGGCCACAUUUUGACCGACAGCAGGAUGUGGCAGAGUUUGCGCAACAUGUCCUCGAUCGUACAUGGCCGGUUCAGAAUGUGCUUCCAAUGAGUACUUGGCAGUCUCGUGACGAAUCAGGAUUCUCAACCGAUGAAGGUCAGCACCUCAUUAUGCUUCCGAUGCCCUCUCGCGGUUCAAACUCUGAGAUUCAGCUGUCAGGGCUGAUACAAGCCUGGGCUCAGCAGUCUCCUGCACCAGGGCUGUGGCCACUGCCUCGGUUUGUGUGCCUGCAGCUUCUUCGCUUUUACACGGUUGGUGCCAGAGUUCGCAAAGACCAAAGAGCAGUAACGAUUCCGCUUCAGGUACGCUUACCAGUAUUUCAAACCGAGAUUGGACCGCGACCAGCUUGGCGUAUGUAUAGACUCCGAGCCCUCAUUGGGCAUCACGGCUCCACUCCGCGCUCAGGUCACUACAGAACGCUGCUGAUUCACUGGGAGUCCACCCAGGAAGAUCCCCAGUUGUAUUACACAGAUGAUUCCUGUAUGGCGCGUCGCCCCACAAAUGCACAACUCCGUGUGUUGAUGACUGAAGUCUACUUGAUCUUCCUGGAGUGCGUGGGGUAUGUCAGCUCACUGUAG